AUGAAGGUUACAAGUGCUCUUCUUGCGGCCCUGGCCGUUACCACGGUCAAUGCCUGCGGUGUGCCUCCCACUUCGCUCCCGCGCACUGCCGCCAGGACCAUCUUCAGGCGCGCAGAUGCCAAGAUGUACACCUUGGAGACGGCCCCUGGUGUGACGAUCGAGGUGACUGAGGAGGAGAAGCUGGCCAUGAUGGACAACCGCGUUCACUUCUUCGACAUCACCGAGUGGAAGGAGGCUCCCAACGCCAUGGCUGAGGACCUGCAGAGGCGCAUCGCAGCGGUCCCCUACCCCAAGACGCUGACGCAAAAGUGCAACGCCACCAAGCUCAUCGGCAAGCUCGACAAGGAGAGGAUCCAGGCCACUGUCGAGCGCUAUUCUUCCUUUUUCAACCGCUACUACAUGUCGGAGACUGGCCGCGAGUCUGUCGAGUGGCUCCACGACCAGAUCAAGGCCGUCCUGGACGCCGCCAACGUCCCCGGCGCCAACAUCCGCCUGGUUCGCCACAACGCGUGGGUGCAGCCCAGCAUUGUCGUCACCCUUCCCGGCCGUGAGGCCCGUACCGUCGUCGUGGGAGGCCACGCCGACUCGAUUGUGUCUGGUGACCGUAACGGCCGUCAACCAGGAGCCGAUGACGAUGCGUCUGCCUCAGCCACCAUCUUCGAAGCCCUGCGCGUAUUCCUCCUGGACCCGCGCGUCAAGGCCGGCCAGCUCCUCAACACGAUGGAGUUCCACUGGUACGCAGCGGAGGAGGCUGGUUUGCUUGGCAGCCAAGACAUUUUCAACACGUACCGCCAGUUCAACCGCAACGUCGUUGCAAUGCUGCAACAGGACAUGACUGGUUAUAUUGGCCGCGACGGCCGUGAGCGCUUCGGACUGAUCACGGACUUUACGGACCCUGAUCUGGUCAACUUUAUGAAGCUUGUCAUUGACGGCGUGACUAACAAGAGCAAUCUGCAGUACACCGAUAUCCCCUACGAGGAGUCAACCUGUGGCUACGCCUGCUCGGACCACGGAUCGGCCACUCGCGCUGGAUACCCAUCGACGUUUGUCUUUGAGACUCCUUUCGGCAACCACAACCCUUACAUCCACACCAUCAACGAUACCACCGACAAGCUCUCGUACGACCACAUGAUCCAGCACGGCAAGCUCAUCACAGGCUACCUCUCCGAGCUUGCUUGGUGGCCAUUUGCCUAG